AUGUGCAUCGUUUCAGAUAGAAAUGAGAGUAUCAUUAAAUCUGUAUCGAGAGUGUAUCCAGAUGUACCACAUUUUGCUUGUAUAUGGCAUCUAUGGAACAACGUAUAUAAGAAAUUCAAAAAGAGCCAUGCCAAGUUGAGCGAGAUAUACUUCUCGAUGGCAAAAGCAUACACACAAGCUGAAUUUGACAGUCUGAUGGAGAAGGUGGAGAAGGUAGAUAUUAGGGUGAAAGAAUACUUAGAGUUAGCUGGAUACGAAAAGUGGGCUAGGUUGUAUGCACCUGUUAAUAGAGGAUGGAUAAUAAUGUCAAAUAUUUCUGAGUCAAUCAAUGCCACACUAGUUUCAGCAAGGGAAUUACCAAUAUACGACUUCCUCGAAGAAGUUAGGAAGAUGUUUGGACGUUGGAAUUGUAGUAAACGCAAAGAAGCUAUACAGACAUACACGACGCUUGGAAAAAUAUACCAGGAGAUGCUGACUUUGAAUGAGGCAAUGUCUACACGUAUGACUGUGGUACCAUCAACUGAAUACUUACAUACGGUUAACGAUGGAGGGAGGAAUUACACAGUCUGCCUGUUAGAGAAAAAAUGUGUUUGUGGGAGGUUCCAAGUUGAUGAAUUGACAUGCCCACAUGCUUGGGCUGUAUUGAAGAGCAAGUUUCUAAUGCCAGAAGAAUAUUGCUCUAACUAUUACAAACCAAAUACUGUUGUAAUGACAUACGAUGUGCCUGUGUACCCGCUACCGGACAGAAAUGACUGGAAUAUACCAGCACAUGUUGCAGAAGAGGUUGUACUACCACCCAAAUGGAAAAGACCUCCUGGAAGGCCAAAGAAGAAGCGCGAUAAACCUUUAAGUGAAUUGAUGCAGCCGAAAAAUCAACAUUCAUGUAGCAUAUGUGGGCAGGGAGGACAUAACAAGUGA